UCUCUUUUGAUUGAGGGGAGGUAGCAAAGCUAGUAAGCAAUAGAUUGGAGGGUGCGCCAAACCCCCUCGCACCUCUCCUCUCUCGCCUUCCUCUCUCAAACCCUUAUUACAUCCUCCUCAUCUUCAAACACCACCCAUCUCUCUAUUCCCUCUUGCCCUAACUCUGCAACACUUCCUGCUCUCCUCUUCCCCCAGAUUUUGAGGGGCUAAUGGGGAAGAAGGUUAAGAAGAAGGCUAGAGUUCCUCAAAAGGAGAAGUGGGUUGUACCAGAUUCCCCGAAGAAGGUUGAUGCACCAAGCAACCCAAACAUUAAGGAUGAUGGUGAUGAGGAUGGAGGUUCAGUUGCAAAAGUGAGAAAACCUUGUCCUCACAUCGACAAAGGUAUUGAUUUGAAUAAACUGAAUGCUAAAAUUGGGUCUUCAGCAGCUGUUAGGUGUGAAGAUUGUAGGCAAGGCGCCAUUGAUAGGAAGGGGGGCAAAGGAAGGGGCAAACAUGCUAAAAAGAAAGGAGAUGGUGAUUCUAAAUCUGAAUCAAAGUCUGUUUGGCUUUGUUUAGCAUGCGGUCAUUUUGCUUGUGGGGGCAUUGGACUUCCAAUAACCCCUCAAUGCCAUGCAAUUCGGCAUGCAAGGCAAACUCGUCACCCAUUGGUGGUGCAGUUUGAUAACCCGCAGUUGCGGUGGUGCUUUCAGUGCAACACACUUAUUACCAUUGAUAAGACGGAGGAGAAUGGUGAAGAAAAAGAUGUAUUUUCUGAUGUUGCAAAAUUAAUAAAAGGUCAUUCGACGGAGGAUUCAUCAGGUGAUAUUGAGGAUGUAUGGUUUGGUAGUGGCAGUGUGACAAGCGAAAUUAAAGCAGUUAUCAAUACAUCAGGCCUUUUGGAUGGAAGAGGAGGUUAUGUAGUAAGAGGCUUAGUUAAUCUUGGGAACACUUGCUUCUUCAAUUCUAUUCUACAGAACCUUCUAGCUAUUGAUAGGUUGCGGGUAUACUUCUUAAAUUUUGAAGCACCUGCUGGACCUCUUACUAUUUCCUUGAAGAAACUCUUUACUGAAAUAAAGCAAGAGGCAGGACACAAGAAUGUGAUAAACCCUAAAUCGUUUUUUGGGUGUAUCUGUUCCAAGGCUCCCCAAUUUAGAGGCUAUCAGCAGCAAGACAGUCAUGAAUUGCUUCGUUGUUUACUGGAUGGAUUGUGCACUGAAGAGUUGAGUAUGAGGAAACGUACAAGUCCGCCCCAGCAAAAUGGAAAUUCAUCAAAUCCAGUUCCUACAUUUGUUGAUGCUGUAUUUGGGGGACAGAUAUCAAGUACUGUCUGCUGUGUUGAAUGUGGUCACUCAUCAACUGUUUAUGAAUCAUUCCUAGAUCUAUCACUGCCUGUCCCAACCAGGAAAUCCCCACCUAAGUCUUCCCAACCAAGCUCUCGAGCAAAGAAGACAAAGCUUCCACCCAAGAGGAGUGGAAAGGUUAGAGCAAAAGUUAUCAAAGACAAGAGCUCAGUAACAUCUCCAAGAGUUGCAACUGCAUCAACCAGCGGUGAGCUUUCGAACCAGGUACAGUCAAGUUCUACUGAGCUAAAUGUGCCUGAACAAAGUAACAGCAGUGAGCUUUCUAACCAGGUACAGUCAACUUCUACUGAGCUAACUGUACCUGAACAUUCUACCGAGCUAAAUGCACCUGAACCUUUUGCUGAGCUAAUUGUACGUGAACAAAGUACCAGCAGUGACAUGGUUUUGAAUAAUCUAUCAGCUGUCCAAGAAUCUAAGGAUGAACAAGUCUCUGAGGAUGCAGCAGAACAUGCAUCAGCUUUGUUGAAUGAUUUCUCAUGGAUGGAUUAUCUUGAUGACGGAAUUAUGUUAGAUGACGGUGAUUUGACUUCAGAAAAUGCAAUUAUUUCGAUUGCUGAAGUUUCUAAAUCUAUCAAUACAUCUCUUAUUGAUGUAUCACAACAGAGUGGCUCUGAAAUCAGUGAUAAGGAUCUCAGGCUUACUGGAGAACAGAAUGUAAAACCAAACGUCUCUUCAGUAAAUGAGGAUGACGAGCUCCCAUUACAGAUUCAAAGCUCUGAAAUUUUACUGCUUCCAUAUAAAGAGGAUCAGAGUUCUGAAGUUUUGUUGCUUCCAUAUAAGGAAGGAUGUCCCACUGCUGAGGAAGUCGUGGGAGCAGAAGGAGAGGCAUCUUCAUCAACUGUGGGUUGUGGACAAGAUGAUUUUGAUGGCUUGGGGGACUUAUUUAAUGAGCCUGAGGUUGUUUCGGGGCCCAGUCCAAGGCCCUCUACAGGUGAGGAAGGUACAGCAACUAGUCUUGUAGCUAGUGAGUCUGAACCAGAUGAAGUUGAUGAUACAAAUUCUCCGGUAUCUGUAGAGAGUUGUUUGGCUCAUUUCAUAAAGCCUGAGCUUCUUGCCAAUGAAAAUGCCUGGCAUUGUGAGAACUGUUCCAAAUCUCUGCACCGCCAAAAGUUGGAAGAAAAGAAGCAGCGAAAAUCAACAACCAAAGUAUCAAUAAAUGGGUGUGAGACCAGAGUCCGAAGUGUUUCUUCGAGUUCAGACACUGCUGAUAUCAGUAAUAUUAGUAAUGGAAAUAUCAAUAACAAUACUGGUUGCAACCAUUCUGAUGAAAACUUGGUUUUGGUUGGGGGGAAGACGAAUUGCUCGAGUGAAAAUUACACGUCAAUUGAGAAUGCUCCAUCUGAUAAGAUGAUUCCUGAUUGUCAACAACUAGAAGGAAAUAGUGACAUGAAAGAUGUACUUCCAACAGAAAGUAAUACUAUGAAUUGCAAUAACAGUUAUACCCCAGAAAAUAUCAGCACUCAAGCCAUUGAUUCAUGUGCUGAUGAGGCUAGUACUGCUGGAUGUGCCUCUGAAAAUUCUCUACAGAUAAAUUCUAAGAAAUCAGAUGAUCAUGAAUCAGAAGCCAGUGAAGAUGAGGAAAUAAAUUCCAAACAUGUGAAGGUGAAGAGGGAUGCAACAAAACGGGUCCUAAUUGACAGGGCUCCAGCUAUUUUGACCAUUCAUCUAAAAAGAUUUAGCCAAGAUGCUCGUGGUCGCUUAAGUAAAUUGAACGGCCAUGUGACUUUCAGAGAAAAAAUUGAGCUCAGACCAUAUAUGGAUUCCAGGUGCAAAGAAAUGGAGAAGUACAAAUACCACCUAAUUGGGGUUGUGGAGCAUUCUGGCACCAUGAGAGGAGGCCACUAUGUUGCAUACGUGAGAGGCGGUGAAAGGAGCAAAGGGAAAGCAGAGAAUGAUAAGGUUGGUCAUGCGUGGUAUUAUGCUAGUGAUGCACAUGUACGUGAGGUUUCCCUGGAUGAGGUUCUUUCUAGUGAGGCUUAUAUCUUAUUCUAUGAAAAAACUUGAGCUGCAUAAAUGUUACAUUACUGUGUUUCUAAAGAUACAGUUAAGGUAGGAGAGAGUGAGGGAAGGAGAUUGUUUGUUUGAGAUAGAGAGAGAGAGAGAGAGAGGCCGAGUGUCCACCAUAUGUUUUGAUACCCAUUCUUUCAAAGUGUAAUGAGAAUUUUUAGGCUUUAGAUGUAUACUUUUAAGUUAUAUCAUCAGAGAAAGAGGGUUUUCUUUUAGUGUCCCAUCAUCAUCCCAUGGAACUUAACAACAAAAUUUAUGGUCUUUUUGUUUUUGUUUUUAACUGGAAUCCUUGGUAAUUUGUUAACUGUCUGCAAUUUCCCUUGCGCUUCAUCCGUUCUUUUAUAUUAGUCAAGGUGACCUAGACCUCAAUUCAUUGGAUGUUGCAAGUUGAAUC